CCUCGCAAUACUCGAAUGUGGUUCCGCGCGCGAUUGCUCCUCUCGGCGACAUUGCUAGCUACUGCUGCUGCUACAGAACCCACGGCAUGGCGCUGUCUUCAAGGCAUCAACACGCCUGUCGCGCUCACAUCGUCCGGAGACGUCGCUUGCCUCUCGGUCGACGGCGUCAACUGCCAAUGGACGGCAUCGGCGUCAGCCUGUCUGGACCGAGCCCGGUCGCUUCCGAGCGUCAUCAAACCGCUGGUCUGCGGCCUCGCGCACAAGGUGCACUGGGGCAUUACGGGCUACGAUACACCAGCACAUUGGUGCGCGCAGGCCAAGCUCGCGCUCUCGGCGACUGACUGGACGUGUCUACCGGGCGUCUUGACACCGCUGCGCAAGACGCUCGCUGGUAACGUCGAGUGCAUGUCCGCCGACGCCCGCACCUGCGUGACCGUGCCCUCCUCUGCGGCCUGCACGGCGCUGGUUGCGGCGCCUAGCAGACCGGUGCAGGCGCUCACGUGUGGUGCGAUGCACGCCGCGUACUUUAACGGCGCCACGGGCUACGAUACGCCCGACCACUGGUGCCGCGUCGGCGCCGCCGCCCUCACGACCGAGCCAUGGCGCUGUCUCUAUCCCAUCGUCGCGACGCCGGUGCGUCUUUCAGGUGACGGUGUCAGCGAGUGCCUGCCAUCGUCGACAUCGGUGGGCUGCCACACGGUCAGUUCGCAAGCCGAGUGCAUGGCGCUUGUGACCGCAACCACGUCGUCAUCGGCGCUUCGAAGCGACUCGCCCGCCUUCCUCGCCUUGUAUGGAGACAGCGAAGUGAUUGAUCCAGGGUGCGCUACGAGUGCGCCGUUCCUGAGCAACGCGCUGUGGCAGUGCCCGUUCCAGACGACAACACCCGUGCGCCUCACCACGUCGGGCGAUGUCGAGUGCAUGUCGACGGACGGCCGCAAUUGCGUCACCGCGUCCUCGUGGACCGACUGCGUGCGCUUGCAGCUCCAGCCGCCUCCUUCUUUCUUGACGCCGCUCGUGUGCGGUGCCAUGAUGGAAAUGACGCUCGGCGUCUCCGGCUACGAUAUGCCCGACCACUGGUGCGCGCUUGCGAUGCCCAAGCUGUCAAUGGCGCCGUGGAUGUGUCUUCCUGGCAUCUUGACGCCGAUCCGCCUCAACUUCAACUUCGACGUCGAGUGCCUCUCACUGAACGGCCACGACUGCGUCUGGACGAGCUCCGAGGCCGCGUGCCGCACACAAAUGACGCUGCCCAGUGCGCCAUUGAACCCACUCGCGUGCGGCGCGAUGCACAAGGCAGCGUGGGGCUUGACCGGCUACGACAACCCUAGCCACUGGUGCGCCAAGGCCUUUGCGUUCUUCGUUGCGUCGACGUAAAAUGUAUUGCAGAUGCAGCCAUUUGACGAGUGACGUUCUGACGUGGCAGCGCCGAGACGCAGCUGGUCCGACACGCCAACCUGGUUCGCUUGCACCCAUGAGUAAGGUCGUGGUUGCAAAUCCGACUUGCCGUUUGAAAACGCUUUUUUUGAUGGGAUGGUAUGGUCUCAGCCAGAAUAUAUUAUGGACUUGAGGGAUGGG